AUCUACUCUCUUUUCUACAACAAACAUGGCCGCGAAAUCAGACGGUACAGCCGUUUCUUUGCAGAAUGACAUUCCGCCGACGUGCCUGCCCGGGCUGGAGAAGCGCUCGCCCGAGUGGCGUCCCGUCGGGAAGGAGUACUCCCUCCUGGACUGCUGCUGGACCCUCUGCGCCCUCUUGGUGUUUUUCUCGGACGGCGCUUCAGACCUGUGGCUGGCUGCCGACUAUUAUCUCAGGCGGGACUACUGGUGGUUCGCGCUGACACUGGUUUUUAUCAUCAUUCCCUCUGUGGUGGUGCAGGUGCUCAGCUUCCGAUGGUUCGCUUACGAUUAUUCGGACGCCAACGGGAGCGGCUCGGCUGCGGCUGCCAUGGUGGCGGCGUCCAAUGCGGAGAGCCACUUCAGCACCAAGGACAGCGAUCAGCGGGGCGCUGGCCGCUCCGCUGCGGUCACCGGGAGCCGGAGCAGCGCGCAGAGCUGCUGCAGAGUCUGCGUGUGGCUCUUCCAGAGCGCCGUGCACGUCCUUCAGCUGGCACAGGUCUGGAGGUAUGUCCAUGCCUUAUAUCUGGGUGUGCAGAGCCGCUGGCGUGGGGAGCACGAGCACAAACACUACUACUGGCGCACAAUGUUUGAGAACGCUGAUAUCAGCAUGCUGAGGCUGCUGGAGACCUUCCUGAAGAGCGCACCUCAGCUCGUCCUGCAGCUCAGCAUUAUGGUCCAGACCGGCCAGAUUCUCCCUUUACAGGGUCUGUCCGCGUCGGCCUCUCUAGUGUCUCUGGGCUGGAUGAUGGCGUCUUAUCAGAAGGCAUUGCGAGACUCUCGUGACGACAAGCUUCCCAUGUCGUAUAAAGCAGUGGUGGUGCACAUGCUGUGGCAUCUGUUCACCGUGGGAGCCCGCGCCAUGGCUUUUGCCCUCUUCGUUUCCCUCUUCCAGCUCUACUUUGGCAUUUUCAUCGUGGCCCACUGGUGCGCCAUGACCUUCUGGAUCAUCCAAGGCGAGACGGACUUCUGUAUGUCCAAAUGGGAGGAGAUCAUCUACAACAUGAUGGUGGGCAUUGUGUAUAUAUUCUGCUGGUUCAGCGUUCGUGAGGGUCCCACGCGGGGCCGUCUUCUGCUGUACAGCCUUAUAAUCUUGGCUGAAAACGUGGCUCUAACAGCUGUGUGGUACAUAUACCGCAGCCCGCGUACAUCUGACUUUUACGCCGUGGUUGUGGUGUGUGUUGUGGCCUGUAGCUACGCUUUGGGCACAUUUUUUAUGUUUGUCUACUACUGCCUUUUACAUCCUGAUGGCCCUGUACCCGGGGCCUAUCUUGGAUGUUGUGGCGUGCAGGUGGGUGCUGUUUCAGAUCCUUGUGUCUCGUCACCUACAUCCGCUCCUCCUCUGGAUGUGGUGAGCAGCCCUCCUCGGACUCUUCAGAGGACUAAAGGAAUAGAUUCAGUACCAAUGGGAGACAUCGGGGAAGUCUUUAAGAUGCGGACCCUUAAGGCCUCUCGAAACGCGGCACCUCGCGUCACCCCAAGGACAGAGGGGCCGGUAAUUCGUAUCGACCUUCCCAGGAAACAGUACCCAGCCUGGGAUGCCCACUUCAUUGAUCGUAGACUGAGAAAGACCAUUUUGGUACUAGAAGGUGCGGCUCCUGUCACACCAAGGAUCCAGUACCGCUGUCUAGGCACACCGAAGGAAGUGAUGGAAUAUGAGACGACAGUCUGAAACAUUCUCCAAAUAAAAAUGUAAUGCAUUUGUGGCAAAAAAAAAGUCUAGGAGUCCAGGUUUAUUUGGCGGAGUGGAAGAGUUUGUUGGAUCUCCACAUGACUCCCUAUUGACUUGUCAGCUGUGGAGGAACAGGAUGCCCUGGUGUAUAGAAAAGAGCCACCCUGUGGUAACAUUAGAUAUUACUGGUUAUUGAGUUAGGAAGGGGUGUUCAAACCUGCUCCCAGGAAGCCACUGUCCUGCAGAGUGUAGCUCUUAGCAGAAUAAAAGCAAAUCAA